CAACUCACUCAAAAAAUUGUAUUCUGUCUAAACAGGGGAAACUUUAAGAGCAAGGUUCACAUUUGCCCCGUUCACAGUGCUGUAACUAGGCAUGUGCAACAGGUACACAGGCACAGGGCACAGGACGAAGGGGGCCCUGAAAUGGAACUGACGAAAAAAAUUGUCAAAUAUAAUAAUAUUUUCAAAUUUUAAAUUUCGCUGCCGUGCUCUGCUGUGCAGUUCAGAUGUCGGUGAACUGAGUGCGUCGAGCAGGCCCAGGCAGCCCAUUGCGUCAUUUAGCAGUUUAGCGAUUGGUCAUUGCAUCGCUCAGUCCCUGGAUGCCCUCGAUGCCCUCUGCUCACCAACAUCUGAAUGACUGAAUCGCAGGACUGAUCGACGCGUCACUUGUGCGACAGGAGUGAAUGUUUAUGUUUAUGUUGUGGUUUAUGCCGCUUUUUACCCAACGACCACAGCUGAAAAUAUUGUUGACGCUGUUUGUUAACUAGUCUGACUUCAACUUGUGAUUCGAUAACGAACAAAUUACUUUGUUUUCGCAUUUAUGUGUUAUUGUGAAAACAGAGGAGCCUUUUCAGAGGUGGUCCUGGCACAGGAGCAUGGAUCCCAACGCCUUGUAGCACUCAAAUGUAUUCCUAAGAAAGCACUGCGGGGCAAGGAAGCAGCAGUGGAGAAUGAAAUUGCUGUGCUCAAAAAGAUCGAGCAUGAGAACAUUGUGGCUCUGGAGGACAUUUAUGAGAGCCCCACUCAUCUAUACUUGGCCAUGCAGCUUGUGACAGGAGGAGAGCUCUUUGACCGCAUCAUUGAGCGGGGCUAUUACACGGAAAAGGAUGCUAGCCAGCUCACCCGGCAGGUGUUGGAGGCAGUGAACUACCUGCACAAUCUGGGCAUUGUUCAUCGGGAUCUAAAGCCUGAAAACCUUCUCUAUGCCACUCCAUUUGAGGAUGCCAAGAUUAUGAUUACAGACUUUGGGCUGUCCAAGAUCGAGGCUGAUGGGAUCAUGUCCACAGCUUGUGGCACUCCUGGCUAUGUGGCACCUGAGAUCCUGGAGCAGAAACCAUAUGGAAAAGCUGUGGACUCCUGGGCGCUUGGUGUCAUCUCCUACAUCUUGCUUUGUGGUUAUCCCCCUUUCUAUGAUGAGAAUGACUCUGAACUUUUCAACCAGAUCCUGAAAGCUGAAUAUGAGUUUGAUUCCCCAUACUGGGAUGAUAUCUCUGAGUCAGCCAAAGAUUUUAUCCGACACCUUCUAGAACGUGACCCUGAGAAACGAUUUACCUGUGAACAGGCCCUGCAACAUCCCUGGAUCUCUGGGGAUACAGCUUUGGACAAAGAUAUUCAUGGCUCUGUAUGUGAGCAGAUCCAGAAGAACUUUGCUCGCAGUCAGUGGAAGCGAGCAUUCAAUGCCACAUCCUUCUUGCGGCACAUCACCAAGCUGGGACCAGGUGCAGAGGGUGAGGAAAUUGGAGAGGCCACGUCCAGAGGGCAUCAUGGGAAAUGGUGACCAGAGAGGUGCCUGAAGAGCCUGGGCCGCUGCCCUUUGCAUGAGCUACCCUCCUGCAUGCAGCUUCACAGUCACGAUGCUGCGCCAGCACCCUCGCCCAAGGGGCGGGGGUGUCCUUUCAUUUCCUGCUCCCCCUUCUGGGGAUAUCUCUGCCCUGAGGGGCCUGGGAGUUAACGUCAAGUCAACCACUGUCCAACCUGCUUUUAGCAGGGUUUAAAGUUACCCUGCUGCCUGGGACCAAAGUCCAAUCCCCCUUGAGGCUGGUGGAACCAUCAUAACCUUGCUGUGUUACUCACCUCCCACCAUGUCGGCCACAGAGGCCGGCAAAAGUGCCAUUGGAUCAGGGGUGAAUGUUGUGGAGUGGAGGUUUUAAAAAAACCCUUCCUUGUAACCUGUUGGAUUGCUUAUUGAUUUGUGACUAUCUCCUCCCCUCAAGAGUAACAAAAUGGUAGCUGCAUUACAGAGAAGAGCCAGCUGAGCUGAAGCACCCCACAAUAGCAAGAGACAGCUGUGUGGGAAUAAUGGAUUCGGGAAUAGUAAGGGAGCAGCCACCAGCAGAGCUGAGCGUAGUAUGUAUUUGAAAAAUCCCUGAUCUGAGAUGGUGGGGAAGAGCUGGGUCAAAAUUGAGGUUCAAUUGGAUAGACAUUUUGGAGACCUCAGGAUUUGGGCUUCAGAUUGGAUACAGGUGAAGACAGAUGUAACAUUUUAAAGAAUGGUGGAAGUGGUCUGAUAGCACUUUCACUGCCUCCGUACCAACUUACAUUUUUCUGUUGUGGAGUGCAUAUUAGGGAUGGAAAAAUUCUUCAGGUUUUUCAGCAUGGUUCAGUCUGAACCUGGGAAAAGUCAGUUGUGGUAAGCGCCAAUUAGCUAGUACUCAGGAUAUCUUCAACACACACAUCCCAGAUUCUGAAGCUGUUUUGCAUUUUUAAAAUGUCUUGGCUUUUUUUAAAGGGGACUAAGAUGAAGGUAGGACACAUCCAACCAUAUGCAUAUAUGCACUGCUCUCACAAGUAACAAAAACUGAAAAGACAGACAGGUCUGCUUCACGCACAAGGCAUGGGGCAGGAGCGUAGGGUUGACACAUUUCCUUACCAUAGGAAGCAACUGGCCAAGCAACAAUUGACUUGUUGGCAUGUAUGUAACAUGAGUUGUCAAGCUGGUUCCACACUGUGGGGGUAAGAGCCCACUCUUAGAAUGCUACAUCUGUCUUUACCUCUUGCUGUUUUGUUUUUGUUUCUUAAAAAUUGGGCCAGUUAGACAAGAAUUCUGGGAAAAGAGCCAGCUGGCCAGGAGAAUACAAGGCCUCCUGGAUAUGUCAGAUGUUCUGCUUCAUGUUAACAUCAGAUCCAUCAUUACCACUUCCCCAAGGGAGAACUGGGCUCUAUAGGACAGCUACACCAUCCAGUCUGAAAAAGAUUUGCCUCUCUGAGUAGAGCCCAGAGAUGCCCCACAUGGGAAACAGGGUAUCCCCCCAGUGUUUUCAAAAACAUUGAAAUGUGAAAGGGGGGUCAGCAAAGUCAGUGACCCUCCCCUGUACUCCACAACCUGUCCUUUUCUUCCUGUCAGACUGAACAUUUGCUUUGCUGUGUUGCUCAGAGCUGGAGAUACUUCUUGUGGUUCUUGUGGGGACUGAUGGGGGUCAUUUCCUUCAUGCUUCCCUCCCCCCUGACAUGUGUCAAUAAACAAAUGAAAACUGUAACACCAUAUGGAAAUGGUCAUUAUUUCUGUGUGAACUCACGGCAUCUUCCUCCGCACCCCAUUCUACUAUCCUCAGGUUAUAAAGCCUAGAGAGGCCUAGCUAGACUGUUGUAGUAUCUUCCACAGAAUCAGAGGUGCUGAUUCACAGACUACUACCCUGACAUGCUUGUACCAAAUAAUGUGAAUUGUUCUCCACACCAUUAAACUGCAAUUUUGCUGAAAUAA